AUGCAAGAAUUGGUUCGUUUGGUAUUUGUACUUCUUGUUUCACUACUGCUUUUAUUUCAAGUUGUUCAAUGUCGUAGUGUUUUUCCAGAAACAGUCGAUCGUCAUAAAAGAUCAUUAAGUAAUAUUAAUUAUAUCGAUUUAUGCAUGUUUCGAAAAAGUCGUUUAUGUAAUUAUUUACGUGCAAUCGAUAAUGAAAAAUAUGAUCGAAUAGGAGAUGAUCAAGAACUGUGGAGACGUGGCGUUAGUCAAUUCUACAGUAAUUGGUAG